AUGACAGAAGUCUCAUUUGCCAGGUCUUUUCUUACCGCUCUGGACUCUCGUCCAAUCAAGCUAUCCCCCGAUCAUGUUGAAGAUCCGAAGUCCUACCCAGCGCGCAGCGCCUACAUACUCCCCAAGAUGCCCAAAACCAUGAGCAAAACCAAGCCUCAUGCUGUCGCCCCGGGCCAGGAACGAAGCUUUACCGUCCUCGUCAAGUCUCUGCGCAACCCGCCGCUAGAUGUCAAGCUUACCUCCCAAACGCCGAAUACCUCCAUUCUAGACAUAAAGGCCUCGGUGUCCAAAGACUCGGGAAUACCAGUGGAUAAGAUGAAGAUUCUGUACAAGAAGAAGCCUACCCCGGAUAGUAAGGUAUUGAAGGACCUGGCGGGCGAAGACGAGACGAGUAUCGAGUUCUCCGUCAUGGUUAUGGGUGGUGCCGCGGCUAUCAAGAGUCCACCUGCACAUCCUGAUGUCGCACAAGGACUAAGUGGCGGCGAGGUUUUAGAGACGAAAGAGUUCUGGGAUGAUCUAAAGGGAUUCCUACUACAACGCAUACGAGAUGAAACGACGGCUGGGGAGCUAGCAAGCACAUUCCAGGCUGCCUGGAAGGCAAGAUCAUGA